AUGAUCCUUCGACUUGAUCCCUCGUCGAACUUCUAUGAAUCCAAAGGUCGAGACCGUCACGACGAUAGAUCCCUUCACAUGAUGUCCGAUUUGCCAUUCUCAUCCCACGGCCCGUUACCUAUACCGUCCCGACCCGUCAUGAAUACCGCGCCGCCGCCACUUCCCCCACCCCCAAGGAUCCGCGAUCUAGAGAACGGUUAUGAUGCUGGCUGGUUGCAUGGGAAUCCCGGACGACCAACAAACAUACUCCCUCCGAUAAACCCAAAUUCGAGCUUAUAUGGCGGUCAUCGAAGGCCUGAUUCUGCACCGAAGAGCGAUCCUAUGGUGGUGGAUGAACUGGAAGGAAGACAGAGCGGAUUGCCGAUAUCGCGCAGUCCGGAGGCUCAGAUUAAGAUCGAGCCGCCACCUCCAACAGAUGACGGAUUCCCGAAUUCUAUGGCCGUUAAUUCGACAGGUCCAAUUCUCAAAGGCGAGCGUGAUUUCUCACUGCGAAGCGUGAAAGACUCGUCAAAUGCUUAUGACCAACAUCUUCUCUCGAAAAUUGGAAGCUCGCUUUCGCCGCGGGGAUCUAUUAGCCAUGGAUCGGACAACCGGGCCUCCAUUGACCACCGGGGUUCUAUUCCCGCACUCACCGUUCCGUCGCGAACAUCAAGCAAUCUGCCUUCACCGGGGCCUUCCGAAGGCUCUACUCUCGAUGUAAAGUGGUACAGCCCUCAAUCUGCUGGAGCCGUAUCUCCCGGGAGUAAGAUGGGUUGGAGGGAGUAUAUCGAAGGUCGCAGCCCAAGCGUGGAGAGCAAUGCUCCUUCAAUGGCAAUGGACUACGACACGACAUACAUGCGAGAUGUGAGCCGACGACGGUUUCGCGGAACGACACCUUCUCGGGAAGAUAGUAUCAGUCUACCCAGUCGAUCAAAUCGGGGGAGUUAUGACCAGGCAGUGUUUUCAGAUAUUGAAGGCGACUUCUCCGAGCCCGCGGCUCCGCGACAGUUCAUUCUGCGCGAACCUACUCCGCCGUAUCCGGAUGGCUCGAAGCAGGGCAUGAAGCGAAGAGCAUCUUCGCCUCCGCGGGAACCCAUCAGCGAUGAUAGGCAUACCCUUCACAUGGCUACGAGCAACGGCGAUCUGUCUCAACGCAGGACGAGUGGGCAUCCUUUCACAAAUACGUUAUCGGUAAACAGCGGCUAUGCACCAAGCCAACGGACUCUCUCCGCUGCGUCUUCCCUGAGCAUUCGGACCUCCGGGUCAUACUCAUCUGCUCUGUCCAUAGGAGGAAGCAGCAUGACUAGCCUCUCGCCUUACGACAGACUAUCUCCGGGGGGUCUAUCUCCCAGCUCCGACCUUGAUACCUACCACGAAAAGUCCAUUUUGAACCCCAGCUCACCUGUGGCACCCGUGCUAAUUUCACGGAGUGCUAACUCCCUCGAGCCCCCUCUCACGGAUUCCACCGGUAAGGUAUCCAUGGCGCCAAUCCUGAGCGUUCCCAAACCUCCUACAAAGAUCAGUGGUCUGUACAUCUGCGACUGUUGUCCCAAGAAACCCAAAAAGUUCGACAAUCCUGACGAUCUACGGGCCCACGAGAUGGAAAAGCAAUACGCAUGCCAAUACUGCAACAACCGAUUCAAGAACAAAAAUGAAGCCGAACGCCACCAAAACUCCCUUCAUCUCCGCCGCCACUCUUGGUCCUGCGCCGCCCUCCCAGGUUUCCAAGCCGCCUUCCACGGCUCAGUCACCCCAUCUUGCCAAACAUCCGCCGGUCCUUCACACGAUACAUGUGGGUACUGCGGCGAAGAAUUCUCCAACUUCCCACGCCCCAACUGGGACAGUCGUUUUGAGCACUUGACUACCGUCCAUAAGUUCGGCGAGUGCAAUAAUGCGAAGAAGUUCUUCCGUGCGGAUCACUUCCGGCAGCACUUGAAGCAUAGUCAUGCUGGGACGAGCGGCAAGUGGACCAACAUUUUGGAGAAUGCUUGUAUGAAGGAGGAGGAGCCGCCGGAGCCGAGGGAUAAGGCUGGCUCAGGCUCAGGUGGUGCAUCUGGCCACUCUCAGUCGAAUUCGGGAUCCUUGACAUCGAAUACGAUUGAGGAGGUUCUUAGUGAACAAUGA